UUCACUCACGGAUGCCAAUAACGCAAAAAAGGAAAAAACAAAUCCACACACACAAAGAGACAUGCAUAUAAAUCAAUAAAUCAACUUCUACUACUCUUUCAACAAACACAUAAUAGGCCAUCUUUUUUUUCUCAUUCAGAAACCAGAUUGAUCCCAGAAUCCUUGUUUGGUUUUGAAUGGAAAAGGGGGUUAUUGAUCUCAUACUAGUCCCAAGUGGUCUUCUUGUAAUGGCAAUAUACCAUUUCUGGCUUCUUCGUAGAGUUCUGAAGCACCCCACCAAAACCACUAUUGCUGUCAAUGAAAUCAGUAGACGUCUCUGGGUUGAAACUAUGAUGGAGGAUAUACCAAGGCAUGGGGUUCUGGCAGUGCAAUCCUUGAGGAACAACAUAAUGGCUUCAACCCUUUUGGCCACCGCCGCCAUAUCGCUUUCUUCCCUCAUAGCCAUAUUAAUGGUCGGCGGCGGCGGCGGCGGCAACUAUGGUGGCUACUACCACAAAGGAGAAACCAAGAGCCUUGUCUCGGAGGCCUAUGGUGAUAGAAUAAGUGAUUACAUUUUGUCCUUGAAGUUCUUCGCCAUGUUGUUGUGCUUCUUGCUCUCAUUCAUGUUCAAUGUUCAAUCAAUAAGGUACUAUAACCAAGCAAGCAUCCUCAUUAACGUACCCUUCAAGAAAGUGCCGUCGUCGCCGACGCCGACACUGAGCCUCAGACUUGGGAUGUUAAAUGUCACCAAGAUUUUCAACAAGGGGAGCUAUUUUUGGUCUCUAGGAUGGCGGGCCUUUAUGUGGCUUUUGGGACCAAUUCCGAUGUUUGUUUCAUGCAUUGUCCUAGUCUUCAUUUUGUACUUCUUGGAUUCUACCUUUGAUUGUGGAUGGCAAGGGGGUGACAAUAACGAGGUGCAUAAGAACUACAAUGUUGACAUGGAAGUUGGUAUGGGGGCCAAUUGAUAUAUGGAACCUUAUGAUCCCUAAUUGGCCAAUGCCAUAUGAAAACUCUUGUGCAUGCAAUAGUUCUGCUUUUGGGUAAUUUUUCCGGCCUUUUGCGUCAAUAAUUUCACUUCUUUAACAACAUAUAGGGCAAAUUGCAUGCACCAAAA